CGGGAGUCGGAAGUACUAGUUUUACCGUUGAGAAAAAUAGAGAAUUACAAUGGCUGCCGACUGGCUGAAUCCCAGCUUGUGCUUGAAUGAAAGAGAGAAACAAACCGAUGAUAAAGAAGAGUUAUUCGUGUUCGGAUAUGCAUGUAAACUCUUUAAGGAUGACAAGAGGGCAUUAUCUAUCGACCAGGGAUCUCAUCUUAUUCCUUGGAUGGGCGACGAAAAACUACAAAUAGACAGGUAUGAUGGGCGAGGUCACUUAUAUGACCUUAAGCCAUAUGACUCUAGUCAUGCCCAGCCCUGUGUACUGACCCCAGAGGAGAAGAAAUUGGAGGAGCUGUGUGACGAGGAGAGAUAUCUAGAGCUUCAUACAGAUGUAGCUGAAAAGAAGUUACAUGAGGAGGAGGAAUGGAAGCGAUAUUACCAGUCUCUCUCGGAGGGGUAUGGAGCAGUAGGAUUCAGCUAUGAACAGCAGCAGCAGGAUGAAUAUGCAGAAUACUAUCAAGCAAUUUCAGAAGAGGAAAAACCUUUCUCAGCUCCAUCUGAAUUGAAUCUUCCAGAGGAUAUUACCCCAGUAAGGUUUAAUAGUACAAGAGUUAUCAGAAUUCUUUAGUCUUGUUGGAGGAAGAGCUUGAAACUUGGCUUUUGACUUCAUAAGUUAACAAGAGGCCCAAGUUCCACAUCACCUGAACAAUGUGGUUAGGAACAGGAAAAAAUCAAUUCAGUAAAUGCAUAAAUUGUCCUGACCCUUAAAGGAAGGAAUGAUUUGAACAAAUUUAAGGUAAUUCUAUACUCGGCAAUAAAUGGGCUCAAUCUUGGAAAAUCUGCUAGACAUAAAUUUCAGCAAUGGAAAUACAUCAGAAAAAUCAAAAUGACUUUACUGUACCAGUCUCCAGAAAAACGUGCUAAAAUGUAGGCAACUUCAGUAUAAAACAGUCUUAUUGACCCCAAAAUUGAAUUCUACGCUUAAAAGUUUAGUUUAAAACUUCGUUUUUAAACACAACUAAUGAAGGCUGGUAGCAAGGUCGAAAUAUCUCAAAAAGUGUUUGAAAGUUUUUUAUUCUAUUGACAAA